AUGCCGUUUAUUGCUUAUGUUGUUAUCUAUAUAGACCAGAUGUGGGCGAACAAUCAGGUAGUGAUAGUUUCAUUAAGGAAGGAUUCACAAAUUGGAAAAAAAAAGGAUAGCUUUGAUGUUCAUGUUGGUGGUCCUAAUAGCGCACACAAUCUGAGUUGGAGUAAACGUCAAAGUUUAUUAAAUCAAAAUCAGCACAUCGAAGUGGCAUUUUUUAAGCAAUUAGAGCAAAUGAAGGCUAAGUAUCGGACUCGUUUAUUAGCCUCAAUAGAUUGUGCUAGAUUUCUCCUACACCAAGGUUUGGCUUUUCAUGGUCAUGAUGAACCUGAUAUCUUUGAAAAUCAAGGAAAUUUUUUUGAACUUUUGCACUUCCUUGCGGGUCAUAAUGAUGAUAUAAAAAAGGUUGUUCUUGAAAAUGCCCCUAAAAAUCUCAAACUCAAUGCUCCAGAUAUUCAAAAGGAUAUUUCAAAUGCUUUGGCAAGUGAGACUACAAGCAUUAUUGUAAAUGACAUUGGACAUGGACUGUUUGCUAUUUUAUGUGAUGAAUCUCGUGAUGCAUCAACAAAGGAGCAAUUAGCAGUUGUUAUUUGUUACGUGGAUUCACAUGGGUAUGUGAUUGAGUGCUUCCUUGGCAUUCUACAUGUAAGAGAUACUACUGCUCUUUCACUUAAGAAAGCAAUUGAUGUUUUAUUUUCAAAGCAUGGUUUGACCAUAUCACAAAUCCGUGGUCAAGGUUAUGAUGGUGCUAGAAACAUGCGAGGCGAAUAUAAUGGUUUAAAAACUUUGAUCAUGAAGGAAAAUGGUUCUGCAUAUUAUAUUCAUUGUUUUGCACAUCAGCUGCAAUUGUCACUUGUAGGGGUUGCAAAAAAACAUGCCCAAGUCUCUUCUAUGUAUAAUACAUUGUCUACCUUAGUGCAUGUUCUUGAAGGUUCAUCUAAAAGACAAGAAAUUGAACAACACCUUAAGAAAGUCAUUGAUGAUCUAAUGACUGGAGAACUUGUGAGUGAUGUUCUUUUGAUAAUUGAAAAUGAUGGUCUGGUGGAGCAAAGAGGUCAAGCAUAUGCACUUCUUAAUUCUUUGCAAUCCUUUGAAUUUGCAUUUAUUUUACACUUGAUAAAGAAAAUAAUGGGAAUAACAAAUGCAUUAUCUGAAGCAUUACAAAGGAAGGAUCAAGAUAUUGUGAAUGCUAUGGGUCUGGUCAAAGUUUCCAAGCAACAAUUACAAGCUACUAGGAAAGAUGGAUGGGAUUUUUUACUUGAUGAAGUUUAUUUACAACUCCAAGAACUCAACAAUCGUUUCAAUGAAGUCAAUAUGGAGUUGCUUCUUUGUAUGGCAUGCUUGAACCCAAGUGAUUCCUUUGCAGCAUUUGAUAAGAAAACGUUGAUUCGUCUUGCAGAACAUUAUCCUUGUGAGUUUUCUAAGUUGGAUAUUCUUGCACUUGACACUGAAUUGGAUACUUAUAUUAAUGACUUAAAAUCAGUUAAGGAAUUUCUCGAUUUAAGAAAAAUUUCUGAUCUAGCUCAAAGGUUGGUGGAGACUAAGAGAGAUAUUGUAUAUCCAUUGGUUUAUAUGCUCUUAAAGUUGGCUUUGAUUUUGCCUGUUGCUACACCUACAAUAGAAAGGGAUUUUUUAGCUAUGAAUAUAGUGAAGAAUCGGUUAUGA